CGAGUGCGUAGGUGAUGUGCGAAUAGCCUAGGCUAGCUGUCUGUAGCUCUGUAGCGAGUGUAGCGGCUAUCGCAAGUAUCGCAUAAUCAGUUGCUACGUUUAUAUACCAGCAGGCUGACGUCCACUGUUUUCUUUUUAUUUACACCCUUGUAUUAAAUUAAAUCAAGUUUCUGUGCGAUAACUUUACAAUGGCAGAGAAGCAACUGAAAAACAGAGUUUGCAUAAUCGGUUCAGGAAACUGGGGAUCAGCAAUUGCUAAAAUCGUUGGCAAAAAUGCGGCCCGGCUACCUAACUUUGAAGACACAGUUACAAUGUGGGUGUAUGAAGAAAUUAUAGAAGGGAAAAAACUAACAGAAAUCAUUAAUGAAACACAUGAGAAUAUUAAAUAUUUGCCUGGACACAAGCUACCUGAAAAUGUUGUUGCCAUUCCAAACGUAGAGGAUGCGGCGAAAGACGCAGACAUCCUCAUCUUCGUGGUGCCCCACCAGUUCGUGAGGACGAUUUGCUCCACCCUCCUCGGCAAGAUCAAGCCUACGGCAGCGGCGCUGUCUCUCAUAAAGGGCUUCGACAUAGCGGAAGGCGGUGGCAUUGACCUCAUCUCUCACAUCAUCACGAGAUGCCUGAAGAUUCCUUGCGCAGUGCUGAUGGGUGCCAACAUCGCUUCCGAGGUCGCCGAGGAGAAAUUCUGCGAGACGACGAUAGGCUGCCGGGACGUGAUGCUCGCGCCGACCAUGCGCGACAUCAUCCAGACCGACUACUUCCGCGUCGUGGUCGUCGACGACGAGGACGCCGUCGAGAUCUGCGGCGCACUCAAGAACAUCGUAGCGGUGGGUGCCGGCUUCGUAGACGGCUUAGGCUUCGGCGACAACACGAAAGCUGCCGUCAUCCGUCUCGGACUCAUGGAGAUGAUCAAAUUCGUGGACGUCUUCUACCCCGGAUCCAAGCUCAGCACGUUCUUCGAGUCCUGUGGGGUUGCUGACCUUAUUACCACUUGCUAUGGUGGCAGGAACAGGCGAGUGGCAGAAGCGUUCGUGAAGACCGGGCGCUCCAUCAAGGAGUUAGAAGAUGAGAUGCUCAAUGGACAGAAACUGCAGGGCCCCAUCACCGCCGAAGAGGUCAACCACAUGCUCGCCAACAAGAACAUGGAGGCCAAAUUCCCCUUGUUCACGUCCGUGUUCCGCAUCUGCCGCGGCGAGCUGAAGCCCAGCGAUUUCAUCGACUGCAUCAAAAGCCACCCCGAGCACAUGUAA